GACGACCCGAGGAGCAUCCCCGGCUCGGCUGUCCCAGCAGCUGCUCCUGCAGUAUCCGUGGACUCCCCACAACGGAGGGCUCUAGGGGGAACUCAUUUUCCACGGCGGAGGAGGGGCAGGAGUCACCACCCCAUCCCCCUUUAUCUCAUCUUCCUCCAUCCCUCCUCCUCGUCCUUCCCUGAGCCGCUGCCCGCCGGGGCCCGGUGCCGGCCGUGGGAGUCCCUUCUCUUCUCUCCGGUGAAUCCCGGCCCGGGAGGAGGAGGAGGGGUGGGGGCGGGAGCCGCGGCUUCGCGGGGGGCCGGGAGGGAGCCCGUGCCCUUCUCUAUGGCGAGGCCGGGGAAUAGCAGGCUCCCGAGGAGGGAACCCGGGAGCUGACUCAGCGGAGCAGUGCAGCAUGUUUUCCCGGGAGCAUGGCUUCCCUGCCGGAGCCUGCGGAGGGAGGUCUGAGGAAGAGGUAGUGCAGUGUUUCAGCGAUGUUAUAGACACUCCCACUGAAGGCUUUCCAUGUGCCCUCACUCCAACUGUCCCCAACAAGACUGUGGACUUGUUUGAGAUGAUUGAAAAAAUGCAGGGGAGUCGUCUGGAUGAACAAAGAUGUUCCCUUCCAGCUCCUCUCAAGACAGAAGAGGAGUAUAUUCCUUACCCUAGCAUCCAUGAGGUAUUACAAAAGGGGUGGCCAUAUCCUCUCAUUAUCUUACCCCAGUUUGGGGGCUACUGGAUUGAAGGGACCAGCCACAACGUCUCCAGCUUGAGUCCAACUCUGUCUGAUGUACCCUUUCCCUGGAGUGGUAAAGUGAAACUGGAAAGUGACCCUACAGCCAAGCUGUACCGCAAACAUUUUCUGGGAAAGGAGCACCAGAACUUUUACUCCAGUGAUAUGUCCUUGGGCUACCUAGUACUUUCUGUGAAGUAUGAACAGGUCGAGAAACAGGAAAAUCUACGCCUGCUGCUGAGGACUCGUACUGGCACCAAACAUGACCUAAUCCCCAUUUCCUGUCUGAAUGAGUUCCCCAAUGCUGUCCAGAUGGCAAAGCUACUGUGUGAGGAUGUGAAUGUUGAACGCUUCUUUCCUGUCCUCUAUCCCAAGGCUUCACAGCUUAUUGUUGCAUUUGAUGAACACGUCAUAAGCAAUAACUUCAAGUUUGGGGUCAUCUACCAGAAACCUGGACAGACAACUGAAGAAGAAGUCUUCAGUAACACAGUAGAGAGUCAGGGUUUCCUGGAGUUCCUGGAUUUCCUUGGUGACAAGAUUCAGCUACAGGAUUUCCGUGGGUUCCGGGGAGGCUUGGAUGUUACCAGAGGUCAAACAGGCACUGAGUCAGUCUAUACAAAUUUCCGGGGGAAGGAGAUCAUGUUUCAUGUAUCUACAAAGCUGCCCUUCACAGAGGGAGAUUCCCAGCAGCUUCAGCGGAAGCGUCACAUUGGGAAUGACAUUGUAGCCAUCAUCUUCCAGGAUGAAAGCACACCUUUUGUCCCUGAUAUGAUUGCUUCUAAUUUCCUACAUGCUUAUGUGGUAGUUCAGCUCACUCAUAGCACCACUGGGGACACUCUCUACAAGGUUUCAGUCACGGCCCGAGAUGAUGUCCCCUUCUUUGGACCCCCUCUGCCAAAUCCAGCCAUAUUUAAGAAGAGUGCAGAGUUCCGUGAAUUCCUUCUGGUCAAGCUCAUCAAUGCUGAGUACAGCUGCUAUCGAGCUGAGAAAUUUGCUAAAUUAGAGGAAAGAACACGGAGUGCCCUCUUGGAGAGCCUUUUUGAGGAGCUGCAGCUUCGCAGCCGCAGUAUGAUGGGAUUACCCACAGGGGAGGAUGACAAGAUAGAGAACGGCAGUGGAGGCUUCCUGGAAAAUUUCAAGCGGGUGAUCAGAGGCCGCAGCCAGAGCCUGGAUACCAUGGGGAUAUCCAUGAGAAAGCAGCAGCCAGCCACCCUGCCCAGCCGCCCAGCUACAGCUGGCCUUGCCCUCAGCCAGAGUGUCGCCGAGGGCCCUAAGGCCAUUGCUGCGUCUUUUGCCUUGCCUGGUAGGAGCCCAUCACGCACUCGAGCCAGCCGCUUCCAUGGGCGACGGAGUAGUGCCAUUGGCAUUGAGAACAUACAGGAGGAAAAGAGCAGAGACACUGCAGAGAGGAUACAGAGGGUGCUGGACAGUCCAGGAACAUUCUUUGACUUGAAGUCUGAUGGAUCAUCCAGUCCCAGCUCCCCAGAGUUCCCCAGCAGGAAGAGCAAAAUGCUCAGGAGUCAGACUUCAGGAUACUGUGUGAUGCAGCCACUCUCACGUUCUUCAUCCAGUGUAAGCAGUUGUUGUAGUGGAUUAAGGGAAAAUGGAGCAUCUGAGGAAGAGGAGAAUGACAGGGAGCUGACGUGCUCUCUUGAGGGCCCUCCAAAACAGGAUUCAAUGGUUCAGAAUAUGUGGCUGGAUGACAGUGACUGCACACCCAGUACUUCUAGCUCACCAGGAAGCAGGUUGCUUCCUUCCAGCAGCGUUGCUGGCUCCACUGGAAAAGGAAAAGGCAGCAAAGCAGAUGCUCAGCACCAUAAUCCAGCCUCCAUUUUGUGCUGUGUGUGAUGUCACCGCUGGAGGACUGUCUCGGUGCACACUAAGUGAGGAGCACAGGAUUUGCUGUUCAAGUGAACAAGUGUGAACAUGCUUUACCUUAAAGUUCAGAAAAAGACAAAAACCAGAAUUCCAGCUGCUGCUAGUUCUUCUGCUUCAUACAGUGACGCAUCAGAGACAGCCUGGGAUCAUUGAGAAAUCAAGCUUCAGACAAAUCAGUUUCAAUGUGUUAUUCCAAUUCAGCCAAUAUAGGGCCAGAAUCAAACUGUUUCCAUGGGAAAUUUCUUAGUUUUAUUGUUUGCCCACCUUUCCCUCUGCAGACUACGUGAUGGGGAGUCCCUCAUAGCCGUAUGCAAAUCACCUUUGGAUAGGCAGUAAUUAGGGUGUCCUUGAGGAAGUAAAAUACAGUCUGGUUCAGUUACCAGCUAAACUUACAUGGUGAUCAACACUGUCCUGCGAAGACAUUACUGUAAAACUUAAAUUAACUAAAAACCCCUGCACAGUCUGGGAUUGGUGCCCAAGAAUGCAUGUGGGUAUGGUGGUUUCCUCAAAUGUCAGUCACUGCAGAGCAAGGUGUACAAAAUACUGUUCGGGAUGGGGACAGUUCCUUUUGAAAUACUUGAUUGGUUCCCUAGACUUUUCUUUGGGCUUGAAUUGUGUUCCCUCCAGUUGCCACGCUGCAAAAUAAAAAGGAAGCAUGAAUACCUUAUUCUUUUUCUUCUAAUGCUUCUAGUGCCUAUGUAGUAUACUGGAUUUAAAAUAAAAGAAAAAUAUGGCCAGCUUCUCUUA